GUGUGUGUGUGUGUGUGUGUGUAUGCACUCUCAACGGAGCUGCAGAGGCAGGACUAUGCCACCAAGCCACUGUUAUUAUGAGCCCACCGAUGACACCAGAGUGUGACAUGAGGGAGAUGCUGACUGGCUAAAGGGAUGAAUGAACGCAUGAAUGAGUGACUACCUACUCCAGACUGCUGAAAUUUUAACCACGGGGUUCUGGGCACUUUAUGCUGCUCGGGGAGAGGACCAGCACUGGGACGUAGUCAGGCUGUGGCUCUGUGGGACAGCCUGCCGUUGUGCUCUGAGUCCGGAGUGCGCUGUCAGAUGGAGGUCACCGAUCUGGAUCUGGAUCCGGACCCCCGGGCGGAGGGGUCUGAAGGAGAGGGUCCGUGCGUCCCGAGCAGUCCUGGGACAGAGCCUGUUGUGCUUGAGUAUCCUGCAGGGUAUGAUCCGUACGGGGAGAAGAUGCCGUUCCACCAUGUGACGGCAGGAUUGCUGUACAAGGGGAACUAUUUGAGUCGCUCACUCUCUGAACACAGCAACAGCGAACAGCUCGCCAACAUCUCGGUGGAGGAACUAGAUGAGAUCCGGGAGGCGUUCAGGGUCCUGGAUCGGGAUGGCAAUGGGUUCAUCUCCAAGCAGGAGCUUGGCAUGGCCAUGCGCUCACUAGGGUACAUGCCCAGUGAAGUGGAGCUGGCAAUCAUCAUGCAGAGAUUGGACAUGGAUGGUGAUGGACAGGUGGACUUUGAUGAGUUCAUGACGAUACUCGGACCGAAGCUCCUGUCCUCUGAAACACGGGAAGGUUUCCUUGGAAACACAAUCGACAGCAUAUUCUGGCAGUUUGACAUGCAGCGGAUUACACUGGAGGAGCUGAAACACAUCCUUUUUCAUGCCUUCCGAGACCACCUGACGAUGAAGGACAUAGAGAACAUCAUCAUCAAUGAGGAGGAGAGCUUGAACGAGAACUCCGGGAACUGUCAAACAGAGUUUGAGGGAGUUCAUCCCAAAAAGAAGAAUCGGCAGACGUGUGUGCGCAAGAGCCUGAUAUGCGCAUUCGCCAUGGCCUUCAUCAUCAGCGUCAUGCUCAUUGCGGCCAAUCAGAUGCUGCGCAACGGAAUGGAGUAGUGACAUCACUGUGAGCGCGGCGGAGCCUGCAUGUGCAUGUCUGUCGAUGAAGUUGUCAAAAAUUAACCAACAAACUCGAGAAACAAAACCAAACACCUCACUACUGAAAAGAGGAGCUUUUUAUUCUUUUAUUAUUUGUAUUCUCCCGUUACUUUUCCACGCGGACCAAGUGACACAGGAAGUGUACGGCGAGCCAAGCCAGCAUGUUACACGGGGCCUCAUCUCUCAGGCAGGGACUUUAAAGGGCUGACUUUCUGCUUUUCGUGCCACCUCUGUUCCCUAAUGCAAUAACACGCAGGAGUUCAUAAGCCGUCACUGUCUCCUCCGUGGCUUCAGAUAUUUCAACAGGGAUUCGCUGAUGAGCUUCUGCUGGGUUCGGGUCUGCUCUGGAUGUAGGAAGGCAAAAGUAAUUGGCAACUCCUUACACCUUGGUGGAGGGAGAGUUACAGCAUCUACUCCGGAGACUAUUUAUGUCUGCUCUAGCCAGAGUGAUUUUCUGGCUCAGGGGAUGGUGGGAGGCCAGGGAAGGAGCGCUCGUUGUAGUCCAUAAUUAAAUCCAUAGUCAAUCAGCUCCAAAAAUCCAUCGUUUUAAUCAUUUCAAAUGUGUUCUGCGAUUCAAUUGUGUGAUCUUCCUCUUCCUCUUCCUUUCCACAGAAUUGGAACUACCAUCAUUCAUAAGUUGUUUCCAUGUUUGUUCCAACAGUUGUUUUGUUCAUACUGGCGACACACACACAAGUAUAUCUUGAAUGCAUUGUAGGUUGCUUUGGAUAAAAUUAUCUAUCAUAUAGAGUGCUGUGCAGCAGUGACAUCAAAACCCAGAAGAGUAAUUCGCCAUGUGUUCCCUCAAGAUUUUCCUAUGGGUCUUUAUAUUGGGGUUUUUAUAUUUUUGAGGGGGAAAAAUGUGUCGUAAAUUUAAAUUGACAAUACUUGGACAUUUUACUCUACAACAUAAAUUACACACAAUCAUACUGAAAAGUGAAUUUUGAAGCAGUUAUGCUUAUUUUUAAAAAUACAUGUUUGUAAAAAAGUAACUACAUAGUAACUACUUACAAAGAAUGUUUUGGGUGUGGGUGUGUGCAAUUCAUGUUGUACAACAAAACGUUCAUGUAUCGUCAAGUUAUUGUUA